AAACCUCUCAGCUCAGAGAGAGCUCUGAGAGCCCACAAGAGCAACUGUUAGAGCAGAGAUAGAUAGAGAAACACAUAGAACUCCCUAACUGAGAAAUAUCACACCAAAAGUAAAAAGUCAAUUCAAAACAACAUUCAUCCAAAAAGGUCAAAACCUGACUGGAUAAGUAAUUUAAAACUGAGGGAAAAAAAUCAAGAUUAAUCUGUUGAUUAAUUUUGAUGCAUUUUAGGGAAUGAGUAUAAAGGACACUUUUGAUUUCUUCUGAAAAGACAAGUGGAUCUUUACUCAUCUCUGAGAGAAAAAGGAAAACAACGGGACAACUGGAGCACGAGAGUCAAAGGAGCAAGACAGAAAACAGCAUCUUCCUCGGCAUCAGCAGAAGUGUGCUGCGUUCCCUGAGCUGGGCUAAGUGAUUCCCUCCACCUGCGAGGCACCGCUCUGCCAGCGUGCACCCAGCCUCCCUGCACUCUUCACCAGCUACCAGCGCAGCCUCAGCCCUGUAGCUCCAGCACCAGCAGAGGAUGGCUGCAGCCAAGACCGAGAUGAUCCUCCCAGCCCUGCAGAUCUCAGAGCCUCUGAGCUUCCCUCACUCCCCCAUGGAUAACUACCCCAAGCUGGAGGAGGUGAUGAUGCUCAGCUCUGCAGGGACCCCCUUCCUCACUGCCUCCGCACCCGAAGGUGCAGGCUUCGGCUCUGGAGAGCCAGGAGAGCAGUAUGACCACCUUGCUGGAGAUACGUUACCUGAUAUCCCAUUCAACUGCGAGAAACCAGUGGGAGAGCAGACCUACCCCACCCAGAGGCUGCCACCCAUCUCUUACACGGGCCGUUUCACCCUGGAGCCCGCCACCACCUGCAGCAACAGCCUCUGGGCAGAGCCCAUCUUGGGCCUGUUCACUGGUCUGAUGAGUAACGUCGCACCCAGCUCCAGCUCUUCCUCCAUUGCCUCACAGACCACCUCGUCCUCCUCUUCAUCCGUCCCAUCCUCCUCCUCUUCCUCCUCCUCUUCUACCUCUUCCUCGUCUCAGAGUUCCAGCCUCAGUUCCUCCAUUCACCACAGCGAGCCCAACCCCAUCUACUCGGCUGCCCCCACCUACUCCAGCCCCAACUCUGACAUCUCAGACCAGGGCCAGGCUUUCCCCAGCUCGGCCGGAGCAGUGCAGUACCCUCCUCCUGCCUACCCCAACGGCAAGACUUGCAGCACUAGCUUCCCCGUGCCCAUGAUCCCUGACUACCUCUUCCCUCAGCAGCAGGGAGAGAUCAGCCUGGUGCCCCCUGACCAGAAGCCCUUCCAGAGUCAGUCAAGCCAGCCCUCCCUCACUCCUCUGUCCACCAUCAAGGCCUUUGCCACCCAGACUGGUUCCCAGGACUUAAAGAGUGUCUACCAGUCCCAGCUGAUCAAGCCCAGCCGCAUGCGCAAGUACCCCACCCGGCCGAGCAAGACGCCCCCACAUGAGAGGCCAUACGCCUGCCCUGUGGAGACCUGCGACCGUCGCUUCUCACGCUCUGAUGAGCUUACACGUCACAUCCGCAUCCACACAGGCCAGAAACCCUUCCAGUGUCGCAUCUGCAUGCGCAACUUCAGCCGCAGCGACCACCUGACAACGCACAUCCGCACUCACACCGGCGAGAAGCCCUUCGCCUGUGAGAUCUGCGGACGCAAGUUUGCCCGCAGUGAUGAGAGGAAGAGGCACACGAAGAUCCACCUACGGCAGAAGGACAAGAAAGCAGAGAAGGGGGGAGCAGUGGUGGUGACAGCAGCACCGGUGUCAGCUGCUUCACCUGCCUCCAGCUACCCCUCUCCCAUCACCUCCUACCCCUCUCCGGUGUCUUCUUACCCCUCUCCAGUCACCUCCUGCUACUCCUCUCCCGUCCACACUUCCUAUCCAUCUCCUUCCGUGGCCACCACCUACCCAUCAGUCUCCAUGUCCAGCACCUUUCAGUCCCAAGUCGCCUCCUCCUUCCCCUCCUCAGUCGCCUCCAACAUCUACAGCUCCCCCGUCCCCACCCCGCUAUCAGACAUGCAGACCACUCUCUCCCCAAGGACAAUCGAGAUCUGCUAAGAAAGAGCAAAGAGAAAAAACUUUUUUCAGUCUCUCCGCACCUCUCCUUCCUUAAGGUUCUUUGAGGGGAAACGAAAUCAGCAUCAAAAGACUUUGUUUUCCCCUCCAAAAAGCACUUUUCUGUCUGCUCCCUGUGCAGCGUUAGGUGAAUCUUGAGAUUUACCUGAAAGAGAGAAAAAGACACAUGUCAAGGACUGGGCAAAGACAAUAGAAGAUGAAAAGGGAUUUUUUCCUUCUCUGUAAAACAAAUGCAGCACUUCAAAUGCAUAUGGGACUCAACAGAUAGAGAGCAGUGACGGGUCUCUACUGUUUGCUAAACAAAAUCCAAGAGACAAACAGAUUGCCAGCAGUUGUGGUGCUAAGGCACGUUUGCCCUCGCAGGCACUCAUACAGUACAAAAGACAUUGAAUGAUAUACAUAAGCUACCAUAUAUGUAUAUUGUACAUGUGCCAUGUUUCGUUUUUAUCAUUCUUUGGUACCAUUGAUGUGAAAAAUUAUUUGCAUAUUUGCAUUGUAUUAUUUGAAGUGAGCAGGGCCAUAUUUUCUACAUACUUUCUCUAUUAUGUAGUGAUGAUGCUGUGAUACAUUUUGACAUUGUUUGAAAAAAAAAAAGCACUUAAGUAUUCAAGCAUGAGUAAGAGUGAUGUUAGUUUCUGUUUGUAAAUAUCAUCCACUGGUACUAUCUCUUUCUCUCUUUCUCACAUGUGACAUAUCGCUCGGUUAUAUGGAAAAAUAGAGAAAAGAAAAAAAAAACAUUCAAAAAAGAGAAAAAAAAAAACUAAACAAGACAAACGCUCCCGUUAUUUGGUGCCUUUUGUGAAGCCUUGCUGAUGUUGUGACUCGGCUGCGCGAGCAAGAGAGAGAGGAUGCACUGCAUCUCGCCUUAAGGGUUGAGGGAAUAUUUUUGUUACAGAAUGUAAGUCAUACUCAGAGGGAGGAGAAGGGACGAGCUAUGAGGGCACCGCUUCAUUUCAUUAGAAUGUAAGCAAAAAAGGAGAAAAAUUAUAAAGUAUAUUUUUGUAAAACUGAAAUGUAAAUAUCCACAUCUUCAAGAGCUGGAAUGUUGAAGUUACCUACUGAGUAGGCAUGGGAUUCUUUUGUAUGUUAUAUACAUGCAGUUCAUUAUUUUGUGGUUAUCUUUAAUUUGUAUUUGUGUUUGUUAAAACAAGUGACUGUUUCUGGCUUCUAAACACAUUGAAUGCGCUUAACUGCCAAUGGGAUAUUUGGUGUACAAGAUAUCCUCCCAGAAAUGAAAUAUAAAUAAAAAUAUGAAUAUAUAUGUA